AUGAAAGCUCGAAUCAGGAUCCCGAUGAUCGGAGACGCUGAGUGUACCGAAUGGUCUGCAGGAGGUGCCCCCGUCCGCCAAAUAUGUUUUGCGCGGACGGUAGAAGAGAAGCCGACAUGGGCCGCCGCUCGCUUUCCUCAUUCAACGAUUGUGUUCAGACCUCUGUAUCGUAGGAAGCCAGUUUCUGUGCACAUCUACCAGGAUGGUGACCCUGUGGUCCCGAGCCACACACAAUCCUCGCGCCUUGACGCGAACCCAUUGAUCGAGAUUUCGCACUCCCAAACGGGAGGUUAUGGGCAUGCCGACGUCACCUUUAACCCCUGGUAUCAGAAGCAAUUGGCCAUUGUCGAUGAGCGAGGAAAUUGGAGCGUCUGGGAAAUGGUAGGUCGACAUAGACGAGAGCUUGAGCUCAAGAGGAAAUCAGAAUGGAUUUUAGAUGUCAAGAGAAGUGCUUGCAAUGUGUCACAAGUGUUCAUUCUCACAACGUCACGUAUAUUUUGGCUUGAUGUUUCAUCCGUUCUUGCCGCAGACUCUCAAAAUGAUGCUUCAAGGCCGUCUUUGUUACCCAUUCUGUCUUGGCGCCAUUUCAGAGAUUCGGAGGACACGACAUUGCGUUUGUCUUCUCUUGUCGUUUCUGAAGAAUUGUAUCUUGUCUUGUACUCUCGGCUUAAUCACGUGGUAUUGGCGUAUCGAGUUCCAAUUGCAUGGGAUGGAUACAUGCAUCUAACAUCUAUAUCGGACCCAUUCGUUCUAGAGAUCCCUCCCGUAUCUGAAGAGAGCGCAGAGACCCAGAUCUCACCAAAUGCAGCUCAAUUCUCAACUCUGGUUCUCCGAGAAAUCGCACAUGCACCCUCUGCCGGGAGCAAAGAGCAAUAUGAUGCUGCCGCCAGAAUCAUAAAACUGUUCACAAUAGACUCGCGUCUUGCGGUCCGGGAGUCAAUAUAUAUUGGCCCUGCGCGUGAGAAUGGGGUUAGUGCAGAUGACCAGCAGUUGGGAAAGGACGCCUUACGUUUAAGAAAGCGCUAUCCCGGGGUUCGGAGAAAGCAGUCUACUCGCUCGCGGGAUGACUUUGUGGUCGACGACUGGGAUGAGUCGGUCGUGAGUAGGGGAACGUUCACUGUCGCAGAUACGGGGAUUUCUCACAUAACGCCACUGGCCACUCCCCAAUGGACAACUGAUUAUAGCUCGAUCUACGCCAUUGCCUUCGGGAAGAUAAUUGCGGGGUCAAGUGAAGUCGGCGAAGAACAAGACAGAGGCUUCCAAGAUUCUAUCAAAGAAUUGAAGGACAGAAUGACCUCCGCAGACUUGACUCAUCUUCCUAAUAGUAAGACCAUGCUAGAAGUCCUUGCCGGAAGUCCUCUGCUAGACGAUAUCGACCAGAAUGCUCAUGAUUAUGAUGAAUUUCUUAACGAAUUUCUGGCUCCGAGAAUGUCUCGCAAUCCCCUGACAAACAGUCAACUAUCAGUCUUUCCCCAACAGUCGUUGGACCUAUUCGGAUCCUCUAAUGUGAAACUGGUCGACAUCUACGAUCGAUUAGUCAAUGAUUGGCUUUCAACCCUUCAGCACGACAUCCCUGGGCGCUCGCGAAUUAUGAAAGAAAGGGUCAUUCGCAAAGUGGCAGCAGAGCUUGCUCUGACGCAGCUCAUUCUACGGCGUAAGCCGCUCAACGAAGCAGGUAUUGUGCGUUCGAUGGAAGACACAAAUCAUGAAACAAUUGAUGACUCGUCUCCCGUGCCAGUCAAUCCUCCUUCUUCUCUCGAACUCGGUAAACGACGCUUAUCCGUACCGAGACUGAUUUCUAGUGAUUAUGCAUUGGAGCCGGCAGCCAGCAAAACUACUAUCCAGAGCAACUUUGUGGCAGAAGAGCAAGAAGUAUUCAAGAGCACAAACGGAACGGAACCUGUCUACUGUGGACUAGCUUCUAUGACAACCUUCUACACCCAGCGUCCACCAUCUGGAGUUGUGGCAAACUUGCUUUCUCAUUGGCAAGUAGGUAGCGACCCGGCCGCGUAUAGUUGGCAAAGGAUGGCGCAGACGCUGGAGGAAGAGGAUUUGCAACGUGCCACUAAAGCCACAACACCGAAAUGGCGCCUGCGGAAAAAGGCGUCGCAAGGCACUCCAUUGAAUUUAUCACAGCUGCCUCCCGUAUCCUCCAAUGCCCUUGCCGCUAGAGAAUGGGGUAGCCAGCCAGAGGUCGGCGAGCCGUCCAGAAUGCUAAGGUUACAAAGUAGUCAAGCAAUCGAGGAGGAUCUACCCAUGACCCAGGUAGAAAGAGGUACGUUUGGAGGUCGAGAAGCCAGUCGGAAAACUUCCAUAAAGGCGAGGAAAAAGAAACGAGCAGCUGGCUUUUAA